AUGGCUGCCGUGGGCCAGGCGCCAGGCGGCCGCGUACCUGGCCGCGGCAGGCGGGGGCGACGACGGGUGUCCGCGGUCCGCGUCGUCGUCUGCUUCCUCGCCAUGGCGCUCACCACAGCGGCGUGGGCGGUGCUCAUGCUGCUGCUCCUGCCGUGGCCCUCCCAGCGCAUCCGACAGAGCAACGUCUACGGCCACGUCACCGGACGCAUGCUGCUGUGGAUCCUGGGGAACCCAAUCAAAGUGGAAGGCGCCGAGCACCUCAACACGAGGGGAUCUUCAUCUGCAACCACGCGUCGCCGCUGGACAUCUUUCCUCGUCAUGUGGCUCGCACCCACUGGUACCGUCGGAAUCGCCAAAAAGGAGAUCAUCUGGUACCCGCUGUUCGGGCAGCUCUACGUGCUGGCUAACCACCUGCGCAUCGACCGCUCCAACCCUGCCGCUGCAAUCCACUCCAUGAAACAGGUCGCCCGUGCAGUGGUCAAGAACAACCUGUCCCUCAUCUUGUUCCCGGAGGGCACACGAUCCAAGAACGGCAGGCUGCUGCCCUUCAUGAAGGGGUUCGUGCACGCCGCCCUGCAGACGGGGCUGCCCGUCGUCCCCAUCGUGGUGACCGGCACGCACCUGGCCUGGAGGAACAACAGCCUGCGGGUGCGGCCGGUGCCGCUCACCGUCAAGGUCCUGCCGCCGAUCGGGACCGCCGGCUGGGAAGAGGCGCGGGUCGACGAGCACGUGGAGGCGGUGCGAUCGCUGUACGCCUGCAACCUCCCCGACGCGCAGAAGCCGCUGGAUGCUCUGGCCGCCCGGAAGAGCGACUGA